GGACGCGCCUUCAAUCAACCAUGCGCAGGACAAAGCUUUUCGCAUUCGCAAUAAUCCUCUUUGCGCUUGGAAGCAUCGUUUUUGGGCAAACAACAACAACAACUAAAAAAACAACAACUAAAAAAACAACUACAACUAAAACGACAACCACGACCACCAAAAAACCUACAACAACUAAAACGACGACCACUAAGAAACCAACCACGACCAAAACAACAACUACCAAGAAACCGACCACCACUAAGCCUCCGAUAUGCAACAAGCAAAAUUUUGACUCUCUAAAGAGUUGCUGUAAAGGAAGCGUUGGAAGGAUGUUCACAGACGCGGAGAUUGUGAAGUGCACGACUGGGCUCAGCGACCAAAGACUUUUGCAGUUCACAAAUUUCCGAAUGUAUUUGUUCUACGAUAAGUCAAAUAAUUUUCAAAUGGACUCAGCUGCAAACAUUGCACAGCUUGGACCUGUACCAACUGUCAACGAAUGCUUGUUCAGACUUAAGAAUCUUAUCGACGCAAAUAACAGCAUCAUCUAUGAAAAUGUGAUUCCAUUGGUUGAAAAGGCUUCAACAGCUAACUGGAUUUCUGCAGGAGCUCCACCAACCGUCAGCUCUGCUUCAGUAGCAACUGAAUUGGUCAACGUAUGCAAGACAGUAGUUGAAGCAAUGCAGCCAGCAAACCUAACAGUUCCUUACAAUAAGACGACUAAAGUGACUAGCUUAGCGCGUCCUUUUUAUUUUUCCCAGUGCAUCAAAGGUGCAGCCCUUGGCUCAUGUCCUCCUACUCUGCGAGUAAACACUGCAGCAUGCAAUAAGUCGCUGAGCCUCCUUCAAACUUGCGGCUACUUUAAUGCGACAGUGCCUUAUGUAACUAAAUAGCAAUGUUUUAUUCGAUUGUAAUAAAAUUUUCGCUUUAUCUA